UGGUGAAGUACCUGUACCUACGGUAGGUACAGGUAGGUACAUGUAUGUGAGAAACGGGACUACAUCAUCUACAUCACAGUACAUCUAUCUGACCUAAGUAAACUUUGGCUUGCGUGAGACCGGGGACUCAUUAUUCCAUCUCAGUUGUGUAGGGCCGGAGCAUUUCUGACGCCACCUGAAACUAAUGUCUAGUAGAACCCCAGCUUCACCACGGCCAAGCGCGUCUGCCAUUUAGAACCAGUCGUUCGCACGGCAGAGAGAUCCGAACUUUCUUAAUAAUAACAUUGGAAGACUCAUCGGUAGGCCACGAGAGCGUGCCGGCAGGGGCGUUCAUGUUUCCCUUGGCGCCCAUCCCGUGGUAGAGUGAGAGCUGUAGGUUAAACCACGCGCGCGCCCGCGACGCGUUGAGCUGGCCGACCGAGGGGCCGCAUGAGGAACAACAACAACAAAACAAUAACAAUAACAAUAACAACGACCGACCCGCGUGUAAAACCAUCCCUGGAAACAGUACCUGCAGUUGAUAGUCGCUAAUUAGGCUGCCAGCUAUUGUGCUGCAGGAGCUGCUGUCGCGUUUCUGAGUGAAUCCGAGUCCAUGGUGAAUGAGGUGGUAUCUCUGAUCAAAGUGAAAGUAGGGGAUGGCGCACGAGAAUAGACUAGUGCUCUGAAGCCAAUCACCACAUCAACCACGCCAAACCUCCCUCCAACACCUCACAUCACAAAUCACCACCACCACCGUCGCAUUCGUAAAGGCGAGCCAUCGCCACCGCCAUUCAUUCAGGAUUGUGCUAUCGGGCCAUGUACAGCAUCCCAUCGUGGUCAUUGCAGGUGGUGGAUUUGGUGGCGCGACAGGAAUAAGGGCCCCAGGGCGACCACUGCAUCAACACAAUACCGAAAGCGACUCGAGCCCACGCAAGGCGACCAUCCGCAAUCACAGCCCGUGCGACGUCGCAAUACUUAUCGCUAUAUCGAGGGCACGAGCCGACACACUCUUUCCUGCCCGAUCACUCGCUUUACUUUACUCCACCCGUCGCAUGCGCCAUGGACCACCCACACGCAGACCUCGAGCAGCUGGCGCAAGACGACGCUCAGACGCCAGCUCCACUAUCGCCGCCGCGGAGUAAGACACCUCCUACAAUCACGGGGAAGCGGGCACAUAGCGACGAUCAGAUACCGACCGCGACCAAUGCCCACCGCAAUGGCAGUGAGCCUGUCAGCGCGCUUGCGCUCAACAAGGCACUGGCAGACAUUGAGCGCGCAGGACAGCGGAGAGUUAGCACUCCCGCGGCCAGUCCUAGUCGGAAACGACAAAAGGUCCAGGCUAGCGACCGUUUCAUACCAAACCGAGCUGGCCAAGAUCUAUCCGCGAGCUACAGUCUGUUGCACGAAGAUGGUUCGCCUGCCACACCCUCAAGGCAGCGCAAGAAGACACCAGGCGACAUGCAAUUCCACAAGGUAGAUGCCAACAAAACAUACCACCAGGUGCUGCGAUCCGAAAUGUUCGACGAUGAGAUACCACAGAUGCUGAGUGAUCGCACUGGCUCGAGGGGACAGACUCCGCCCAUAGGUGCUGGUGGCGUGAGCUCUGUACUUGGCGGCAAUAACCUCACACCGUCCACACCGAGUAAGAAUCUGUUCUCGUACGGGCCACAGCCGCAGGUGUCGCUUACUCCACGAUCGAUAUCCCGGAGCGAGCGCGGGCCAAAUGUUAAUGCCAGGUCUGAGAUAUACAGUCUAUCACCGGUCAAACACUCGUCUCAAACGAUGCUGCUGUCCCCUCGCAAAACACCGCGUCAAGUCAGUAAGGUUCCCUACAAGGUGCUGGACGCGCCGGAGCUUGCGGACGACUUCUACCUCAAUCUUGUGGAUUGGGGGUCAAAUGAUAUUCUGGCGGUUGGACUGGGCGCUUCGGUAUAUCUCUGGAGCCGGGAAAGUGGUAAAGUCACUACUCUGUGCUGUUUGGAGGGUGAUGUCGUGACGAGCGUCAGCUGGAUACAACGUGGCACGCAUCUCGCCAUUGGAACUUCUAAGGGUCUUCUUCAUAUUUGGGAUACGCUGGCGCAGAAGCGAUUGCGCACCAUGACUGGGCACUCUUCGCGCAUCAGCAGCCUGGCUUGGAAUGCUCACAUUCUGUCGACAGGCUCCAGAGACCGAUCAAUCUUGCAUCGAGACGUGAGGUUAUCGAAUCAAUACCUUCGUCGCCUCUCCGGGCACAAGCAAGAAGUAUGCGGCUUGAAAUGGAACUCGGAGACAGAACAAUUAGCAUCUGGUGGCAAUGACAACAAAAUCUUCAUUUGGGACAAGAUGGAGGAACGAUGGCAGCAUCGUUGGGGUGAGCAAGAGGGUGGACACAAGGCUGCGGUCAAAGCCAUUGCAUGGAACCCCCAUCAACGUGGCGUUUUGGCAUCGGGAGGCGGGACUGCUGACCGAUGUAUCAAAUUCUGGAACACCAUCUCAGCAGCACAGACUUCAACGACACGAUCCCUUCCUAUCGAGCAGACCAGUCUCGGGUUUGGAUUAUCGACAUCUCCCAUUCCAGAGCCAGAAGUGUCGCCCCAGAUAACGAAUCCCCACUUGAUCAGCUCGCACGAUACCGGAAGUCAGGUGUGCAAUCUGCUCUUCUCACAACGCACCUCGGAGCUUGUGUCUACGCACGGCUACUCCCAGCAUGCUAUCAACAUUUGGAAGUACCCAAGCAUGAAUCAAGUGGUCAGCCUCACAGGCCACACGUACCGCGUUUUGUACCUCAGCAUGAGCCCCGAUGGCGCUAUCAUCGUCACAGGCGCAGGCGAUGAAACAUUACGCUUUUGGGAUGUGUUCUCCAAGCCCAAGGGUGAAGCCAAGCGUGGUAUCGUCGGCGAAUGGGGAAUCAUUCGCUAGCCUGAGGCACCGCGAACAGAUCUUCGCAGGGGCAUGGGAGGAAUCGUCCGAAGUCCGGGAAUGAGCUGAGGACGCCGACGUGCAACUGACUGGUCAUCCCGUCAUUGUCGAGACGUGACUACUACGCGAACGACUGCUAAGGAAGUCUUUGCGAAGUCAAGGGAACUUUGGCUUUGGCCAGUCCACUGAGAUGAUGACGUUUACGGGGUUGUGCCACAACGUUGUAGUAGUGAGCAUCUUGGGAUUGGAGUUUGAGCGACUGCGAUUGGAGCACUUUUUUCACGACCAGUUUAUGACGAGUACUUGUUUUUUUGUUUUUACUACGGAGGAGGCACGAGCGAUGUAGCUCUGCUACCUUGGGCAUUUUGAAUGAGCUUCAGGAACAGAUUUGGAGAUGGCUGGACGACGACGGCAGCAUCUAGCUAGAUCUUGUGGCUGAAAUAGGUAGUGCACCUAGGUCCCAGUUCCCAGGUCCAGGUCCAGCGUAUCUCAUGAGCGUAAUAU